AUGUAUCAUGGUCAUAUGCAUUAUCCUUAUGUUUUGUCUGAAACUGAUAAUUUUGAAUGGGAAUUAUCUAAAGAAAAUAUAAAACCAUUAAAAAGUGGUCGAUCUGUUGAAUUAUUAAAUAAAGUAUUAACAUCACAGAGAUCAAAUGAAUUUCAAUUGAAACGUCGUCUUUUAAGAGAAUAUUUUGAAUUAAAAUUGGCCAGUUUAUCUAUUUCAAAUAAAAAAUUUCAAUUAUAUUCAAGAUAUAUCAAAUGGAUUGAACAAAAUUAUCCUUCAUUAGGCAAAUGUGCUGAUUUACAAAAUGUUCUCUAUCGAUCUAUACGAGAUUCAUCUAAUUUACCGGGAAUAAAAAAUAAUGAUACUUAUGUGGGAAAUUGGAUUAAACUUACAGAAUAUUGUAAUCAACCAAUUGAAUUAUUUGAAUUAUUAUUUCGACAAGGUAUUGGUACAAUGUGUUCUGAAUUCUAUGUUACAUGGUGUCAAUUACUUGAAAAAAACAAAAAUUAUCGUAAAAUUGCUUCAAUUUAUGCUCAUGGUUUACGUGCUGGUGCUAAACCUUUAUUAUGGUUAGAAGAUAGAGCUGAAGCGUUUUUUAAAAGAUAUGAAAAUUCUUUAAAGUCUACUGUUCCAUCAUCAUCAUCAUCAUUAUCAUUAUCAACUGAUAUUGUUGGCACAUUUACAUCUGAUUAUUCAUGUAAUGAAAAUGAUAAUGAAAAUACAAGAAAAAAAUUAGCUUCAUUACGUUUAAUUGAAACGGGUACACAAGAGAAUAGUUUAGUUGUUCCAGUAAUAAGAACUAAAGAAAUGUGGUGUUCGAAUCAAUCAGGUCUUGGAACUAUACGUUCUUCAGAAACUAUUAUUUCUAAUAAAUGUAAUUAUCAAAUUAAAAAAGAUAAAUUAUCUGAAGAAAAUUCUAUAUUCAUACGUGAUCUUCAACCGAUUACAUCAGAUUUUAUACGACCUAUUGGAAUACCUUCAUCAUGGCAAAAAGAAAAUCAAUUAGAACCUAGUACAUGGAAUAAAGCACAGUUAAGUACAACUACAACAGCCCCUGUAUCAUCCAGACCGAUAGGUUUACCUGAUUGGGAAAUUUUCACAGAAGAUCAAGUUGAACAACAACAACCACAACAGGCGGACUCUUCAAAUUCAUUAAAUAAUACACAACAGUCAACUAUUUGUACAAAACGUAAAGGUUUAAAAAUGAAAUCAUCAUCAUUCAAAGAUUAUCAUACUGAUCAACAAUUCAAUGAAAUUUCUUUUAUUGAUAUUACAUUAUUUAAUCAUUUAUUACAUCAAUCUAAUAAUAUUGAUUUAUUAUUAUUAUCCACUAAAUUAAAUUUACCAAGUUAUCCUGGUGAUAAAUUAUCAGAUAUUGAUUGUUUUGCAUUUGAUAUUAAGCUUAUUUAUGGUGGAAUUGAAGAAUUAUGUUGGGAAAUGCAUCGUGGUAUAAAAUGGGAUAUAAAUUAUCAUAAUUCAUCAUUGAAUAAUAAUAAUAAUACUCUAACACAAUAUGAUCAUCAUCGAAAUAUGUUGAAUGGAUUUUGGGAUAAAGAAGAAUUAGAAGUAAUUCAAGAAAUUGAUUCUAUUAUACAUAAUGAUGAUGAUGAUGAUGAUGGAACUAUGAAUAAUCUUCAAAUAAAUGAUCAAUUAUUGAAGAAUAAAAAUAUUGAAUCUACUCGUCAUGCACUGAUCAAAUCAUUAGAAUGUAUUGCCUUAAAUAAAGAAAGCUAAAAUUGUACAAUCUAUUUAUCUAUCUAUCUAUUUAUCUAUAUACGUAUAAAGAUUCAUAUAGAGAUACAAGUAAAAGCAUACUCCUUUACAUUUUGUUUUCUUGAUUUGAUGUUUCAUUGAUGAUGCCAUUUAACUUGAGAUCUCUAUUUUAAACAUUUUCUAAAUAAGUGAUUUGUAUGUAGUUCAUUUAUGACUAAUUCUUCCAGUUUCCUGUGUUUGAAUCCCAUGAACGAGAUCAUGGAUGUGCACUGCUGAUGAGUUCCAUGAUAGGACGAAAUCGCCGUCUAGGUUUUCAAUAGUGAUCUAAUAUCAAUCAGUUCAUGAUCUUUACAACGCUAUACUUGAUAGCUUUAAUUGACUCAUGAAUUCAACUAUAAAAUCUCCACAAAACCACCACGCCCCCUUUCUGAUAAUCUCUUAAAAAUAUUAGCAUAUUUUUUUCAUUUUAUUAUUAUUGUUUAGAGUUGUACUGAAAUUUCUAUUUCUUGUUUACUUUGUUAAAUACUUGAAGAAGAAUGCUA